AUGUUAUCAGACUUCCCUGUGUCUCCGGAGAACACACGAGUAGCACUGGUCACUUUCUCUUCAAAAACUCAUGUUGUGGCUCGGGUUGACCACAUUUCGGCACCUAAGUCCAACCAGCACAAGUGUUCCCUUUUCAACCAGGAGAUCCCAGCCAUCAACUACAGAGGAGGAGGCACCUUCACGAAGGGGGCUUUCCAAAGAGCAGCGCAAAUUUUACGUCAUUCCCGAGCUAAUGCGAGCAAGGCCAUAUUCUUAAUCACUGAUGGUUACUCCAAUGGUGGGGACCCUCGGCCUGUGGCUGCAGCGUUGAGAGAUCGGGACGUCGAGAUCUUCACUUUGGGCAUCUGGCAGGGAAACAUCAGAGAACUCCAUGACAUGGCGUCGAAUCCAAAAGACCAGCACUGUUAUUUAGUCCACAACUUUGAGGAGUUUGAGGCCCUGGCUCGUCAUGCAUUACAUGAAGACCUUGUUGACCUUUCCAUGGGGAGUUACAUCCAAGAAGACUUGUCCAGGUGUUCGUCUUUGUGUGAAGCAGGGAAAGACUGCUGUGAUGUGAUGGCCAGCUGUAAGUGUGGCUCCCACACCGGACAGUAUGCUUGCAUCUGUGAGAAGGGAUACUACGGCAAAGGCCUGCAGCACGAGUGUACAGCAUGUCCUCCUGGCACAUAUAAACCCGAGGGAACCCCAGGUGGUUCGAGUUCUUGCCUUCUCUGCCCUGACCGACAGCACACGUCUCAGCCAGGGAGCACCUCUCUCAGUGACUGUGUCUGUAAGCCUGGAUUCAAGCCACUGGAAAUGACCUGUCAACCGGUACACUGUCCUCCUCUGUAUCCUCCUGAACAUGCUUUCUUCGUCCAGAAUGUGUGCAACAAUAAUUACGAUGCAGCCUGCGGUGUGCAGUGUCAGCAGGGUUAUGUCCUUCAGGGAACCAGCAUCAGGCUGUGUCAGGCUGACGGCACCUGGUCCGGGACACCUGCCUCCUGCCAUGUCCGUUCCUGUCCAUCCCUGUCCCGACCUCAACACGGCUUCCUGAAAUGUUCUAAAGGUGGCGCCUCCUAUGGGGUGGAAUGUCAUGUGGGCUGUGAUCGUGGUUUUCGGCUGGAAGGGGAAUCCAAGCUUGUAUGCCAGGCUAACUCUCAGUGGAAUGGGACUUUGCCCCGAUGUGUGGAGGUGCGCUGUCCACCUAUUGUGAACCUGAAAAACAUUGUGGUGUCGCCCCCUGCUUGUGGUAAGAGAGCUUUGCCAUCAGGGGCCGUCUGUCUUCUCACAUGUCGCCAAGGAUUCAGCCUCAAGGGAAACAGGAGAGCUGUGUGCCUGAGUUCUGGCAACUGGAGCGCCAAUGUCUUCAAAGCUCACUGUUUAGACACCGAGCCUCCUUGGGUCCAGUGUCCAGAUGAUAUUGUUGCAGAGACAGAUGAGCGCCGUAACACUGCUGUUGUCAGCUGGAAUCUACCUACGGCACUGGAUAACUCUAAGGACGAGGUGUCUGUACAAGUAAAGCCUGUGUACACUCCUCCACAACUGCUUCCAAUUGGAAUAGAAACCAUUACCUAUCUUGCUACCGAUCGCUCUGGUAAUCAAGCAAACUGCUCCUUUACGGUCACUGUUAUUGAUACGGAUCCCCCGGUUAUAGACAGGUGCAGGUCACCGCCUCCAGUCCAAGCCACAGACACAGAGACAGCAGUGGUUUGGGAAGUGCCACAGUUUUCUGACAACUCAGAGGUUCAAUCAAUGUACUUGGAAGCCAAGAGUGAGACUGAUGUGGGAUACAGUGUCCCUUCUUCUGAGGCCACCCUUGUACCCUCAGCGGGCCGUUUAACAGUGACCAGUACUCACACUCCUGGUUCUUUGUUUCCUGAUGGAGAGACUCUGGUUCAGUACACAGCCACUGAUGCUGCUGGGAACAGUCGCAUUUGUAACCUAACUGUAACUGUACAAGGGACAAACUGUGACCAGCCGUACAUGCCGAUGAAUGGGGAAUUUUUGUGCUCUGAAGAAGAGACGGGGGUCCGCUGUACUCUUCAGUGUAAAGAGGGCUACAGCCUUACUCAGGCAGCAGUGCACAGUUACUUCUGUGCCUACAAUGGUGUGUGGCAACCCCCCUCCUCUUCAGACCGGCCCGACUGUUCAGUGAACCGUGUGGCAAACAAUGGAUAUAAGCCAUUUGAGAUGUUGUUCAAAGCCACUCGCUGUGAUGAGCUAGAGCUGGUGAAGUCAUUUGCUGGGGAGUUCAACAUUAAACUAGAAAGCUUGCUCCCAAACCUCUGCAGCAGUGAUGACGUCACAUGCAAGCUCGAAGUGAUGUCACAGGGAAACUGUCUGGAGUAUAAUUAUGACUAUGAGAAUGGCUUUUCAAUUGCUCCAGGAGGCUGGAGUUCCCAGGGUAAUCAGGAUUAUUCCUACUUUGAAUCAGGCUUUGCUACAGAUACGAGACAGCUGCCCAGUCGAAGCAAAGGCAGCAGCGUGUCAACUCACCAUCGAACCAAGAGACACAGAAGAAUCAGAGGGCCCACGCGUGAUCAAAAGAUUCAAAUAUUCUUCAAUAUCACAGCAAGCAUUCCUCUGCCUCUGUCAAGGAAUGAUUCCACAGAGGUAGCCAAUCAGAAAAGACUGCUUCGGACCCUUGAACAACUUACCAACAGACUGAAGCGAACCUUGGCCAAGCAGCCACUGUCCAAUUUUCAUCUGUCGUCCCAAAUGAUUGUUGCUGAUCCGAAAUCAAUUGAAAGCAGGAGGGCGUCCCUGUUUUGUCGGCCUGGUUCUGUUCUCAGAGGCAGAAUGUGUGUCCAGUGUCCAGUUGGCACCUACUUUUCUCUUGAAUAUAAUGAAUGUGAAAGCUGCUGGCUGGGGUCAUACCAAGACGAAGAGGGCCAGCUGGAGUGUAAGUCCUGCCCUGAAGGAUUGUCUACAGCAUAUCUCCAUUCUCGCAGCGAGUCCGAAUGCAAAGGGCAAUGUAAACCUGGCAGCCACUCUUUAAAUGGACUGGAGAUCUGUGAGUCCUGCCCACUGGGACAUUUCCAGCCUGGGUAUGGGGCGAGGGAAUGUCUUCUCUGUCCUGAUAAGACCUCAACAGUGACCAGGGGAGCACUGGACGCAGAAGAGUGCGGAGUUCCUUGUUCACCUGGUCAUUUCUCACGGACUGGGUUGGUUCCUUGUUAUCCGUGCCCAAGAGAUUACUAUCAACCGGACCAUGGGCGUUCAUACUGCCUCUCCUGCCCUUUUUAUGGGACUACUACAAACACGGGAACAACAACCAUUCAGCUUUGCUCUAGCUUUAGCUCAAGUUUUCUUCCAAAGGAGGAGAGUGUGACAGCUGCUCCGGUUGUGGAGGUUGUCGAGGACUACCAAGCCAGCAGUCAGGUUUUCCAUGAAUGCUUUCUGAAUCCUUGCCAGAAUAAGGGCACAUGUGAGGAAAUUGGAGCUGGAUAUGUCUGCACCUGUAUGCCAGGAUUUUCAGGUGCUAAAUGCGAGGUUGACAUUGAUGAAUGUGAUUCUACUCCUUGUCAAAAUGGAGGUCUGUGUAAAGAUGGUCUGGGAGGCUUCCAGUGUCAGUGCCAGGCUGGAUUUCUAGGGUCUUUAUGCGAAGCUGAAGUCAAUGAGUGUUCGUCGUCUCCCUGUUUAAAUGAUGGAAUCUGUGUGGAUGAAGUCAAUAGAUAUACAUGUAGUUGUAGAGAUGGCUUUACAGGGUCCCGUUGUGAGCUUGAAAUCGAUGAAUGCCUUUCGAAUCCAUGUUUGAAUGGAGGGGUUUGUGAAGACCUGACUGAAGGCUACACAUGCGAAUGUGCUGUUGGGUUUUCAGGAAGUCAAUGUAAGACUAACAUUGAUGAAUGUGACAGUUCCCCGUGUUUCAAUGGCGGCUCGUGUCUGGAUGAAGUUAACAACUUUAGGUGCCAGUGCGUUGAAGGAUACAUGGGCAGACUCUGUGAAGUGGAUGUGAAUGAGUGUGACCCUAACCCUUGUUUGAAUGGAGCUAAUUGUUUCGAUGGCCUGGGCUCCUACAUCUGCCGCUGUCUCCCUGGGUUCAACGGAACCAGGUGUGAGACAGAAAUGUCAUCUGCUUUCAACCUUGACUUUGAGGUUUCUGGUAUCCAUGGAUACGUAAUGAUGGAUGGCAUCAUGCCAGCAUUGACAGAGGUCACUUGCUCUUUUUGGAUGAAAUCCUCAGACACAACCAAUUAUGGCACACCCAUCUCUUAUGCAGUGGAAGGCAGUGAUAAUGCUUUUCUACUAAUAGACUAUAAUGGAUGGGUACUAUAUGUAAAUGGAAAGGAGCGGAUCACGGACUGCCCUGCGGUUAACACUGGUCAGUGGUACCACAUUGGAGUGUCAUGGAGGAGCUGGGACGGUGACUGGAGAAUUUACAUUAAUGGAAAGCCUUCAGAUGGAGGCAAAGGCCUGUCUGUUGGCUCCACUAUCCCAGGUGGUGGGGCACUGGUAUUAGGCCAGGACCAGGACCAAAGAGGUGAUGGCUUUAAUCCUGUCGAGUCCUUUGUUGGAUCCAUCAGCCAGCUCAACAUCUGGGACAGGGUUCUUACGCCCCAGCAGAUUAAGGUCCUGUCCAGCAGCUGCCCAGCCUCUCGUGUGAUGCACAGAGGCAACGUACUUGCCUGGCCAGACUUCCUUAAAGGAGUUGUGGGACGUGUUAAAGUCAACCAGAACAGCAUUUUCUGUGCUGACUGCCCACAGUUGGAGAAUGCUGUGCCUCACCUGCACGUGUCCACUGUGGAGGUCAGUCCUGGGGCUCAGGUGCAGCUGUCCUGUGAUCCCGGCUUCUACCUGGUGGGGGAGCCUGUGCUGCAGUGCCAAAACAAAGGCGAGUGGAGCCAUCAAGUGGCCACUUGUGAAAGAGUUGCUUGUGAAUCUCCUCGCCCACUGGAGAAUGGGUUAUUCAAGGGCACAGACUUCCACGCUGGCAGUUCUGUCAUGUACCAAUGUAACACUGGUUUUUACCUUUUGGGAGAUGCAAAGAUGCACUGCGCUAACAACGGAAAGUGGGGAGGAAAUCAACCCUCUUGUCUUGAUGUGGAUGAGUGCGCUCUGGGGUCUGACUGUGAUGACCAUGCCAGAUGUCAAAAUACAGAGGGUUCAUAUAUCUGUUCUUGUAUCCAUCCCUACAGUGGGGAUGGCAAGAACUGUACUGAGCCAGUUAAAUGUGAAGACCCGGGUGCUCCAGUCAAUGGCCGCCGAGAAAGUAGCAACUUCCUGAUGGGCAGCGAAAGCGUCUUUGGCUGUGAUAAUGGAUAUGAGCUCAUUGGGGCAGCUCGUCUAAAGUGCCUCGAAACAGGAGACUGGGAUAACAUGCGCCCAUAUUGCAGAGCUCUCUCCUGCCCAACACCAAAUGUUCCAGAAAACUCCAUUAUGACAGGAAAUAAUUUUACCUAUGGAAGCAAGGUAACAUUCAGUUGUAAAGAGGGCUAUUUGCCUCAGAUACCCUAUGACUUCCAAUGUCUUGCAACUCAAAGAUGGAGUGGGUCUCCUCCCAUUUGUCAUCCAGUUAUGUGUGGAGGACCACCGACUGUUGCGAAUGCUGGCUACAGGUUGAACUCAAACACUUAUAUGUCAACUGUGACGUACACUUGUUUCGAGGGAUACAGACCACAGGGCUCAAUGGAGGUGGUCUGUGAAGUGUCAGGAGAAUGGAGCAGACCUGUCCCUAGGUGUGUCAGUGUAGAGUGUGGGGAACCGCCGGCUUUAGAUGAUGCUGAGACUGUCGGAGAGAACUAUGAAGUGGGAAACCGAGUGUUCUAUCGCUGCAAAGAAGGAUACACCCUGAUCGGCUCCGAGACAAGAGAGUGUCUUCCUGGUGGUCAGUGGAGUGACAGUUCUGCUCAAUGUGUGCCCCGCUCCUGUGGCCCCCCGCCAGACAUUGAGUAUGCAGAGCCCUACGAGAGUCAUCAGCUGUUCGGAGACACUGCUAACUACUACUGCACGGAUGGAUAUACUGCUAGUAACAACUCCAAAAUGAUCUGCAAUGCUCAAGGUGUGUGGGUGCCUCCAGAUGGGAUGGAGCCCCCACUUUGUACAGCCAACUUCUGCCUUCGACCUCCUGACCUACCACAUGCAAUUUUUGAUUCAAUCAGCAAGCCUAAGUAUGCAAGCAGCAUAGAAGUGAGCUACAAGUGUGAGGAGGGCUUUAUGCUGAGUAACAUUGGGACUUUGAGGUGCCUGAUGGGCGGCCAGUGGGAGCCUUCACCUGAUCAUGUCAGCUGUGUACCAGUGAGGUGCUCCAGGCCAGAAAGCAUUGAUCGAGGCUAUGUGAUUGGGACAAAUUACAGCUUUGGAGCCGUGGUUGCUUACAGCUGUGACAAAGGCUUUAUGAUCCGAGGAGAAAAGAAACGGACAUGUAAAGCAGAUGGAGAGUGGGAAGGGGUUUUGCCCGCAUGUGUGGCAGUGUCCUGCUCCACCCCACCUUUAUUAAAGAAUGGAUACAUUCAGGCCAGAGGGAGAUUUACCUUCAACAGCAAAGUGACAUAUGCCUGCAAUGCUGGCUAUAAACUGGUCGGCCGUCCUGAUCGGGUCUGCCAAGCUAACCACCAGUGGUCUAACAAUGACCCUCCAGCAUGUGUCCUCUUGACCUGCGACCAUCCUCCUGAUAUUUUUCAUGGUUAUUUCAGAGGAUCUGAGUUCCAAGUGGGGCGGAAAGUGGAAUAUGUUUGUGAUGAGGGCUAUGAGUUGAUAGGGGAUCCUAUCUGGACCUGUCUGAAGUACGGCAGGUGGGACAAAAAGAAUAAACCUGUCUGCUCACCCGUGCAGUGUCCAGAGCCCCCACUGGAGGAAAACCACCUGGUUUUGACGGGACUUGACACAGAGACAGGAACAGUGGAGUUGUCCUGUGAAGAGGGCUACAGCCUAGAAGGGUUUCAGUUGGUUGGGCAAGAUCACCUCACGUGUGAAGAUGCGGGGUGGUCAAGUUCUGUUCCUGUCUGUGUGCCUUCCGACUGUGGUCUUCCUCCUCAUAUUGACUUUGGUGAAUACGUGCGUGUGUCUGAACAGAGUGACACAGAUAUGUCUUCCCCAAUGGACUUAAGCUUCCUGCAUGGGACUCUAAUAGAGUACGGUUGCCUGAAGGGUUAUGACCUCACCAGCAGCACUAGGCUAGUAUGUCAGGAGAAUGGGAGCUGGAACGGUACUGCACCUUUAUGUGUCCCAGCAGAGUGUCAGAGUCCUUUUAGUCCAGAACAUGGCUGGGUCAAUGUGACUGACACCUCUGUGGGCAGUAUGGCCACAUACUAUUGUGUGAAGGGCUAUGAGCUGAAGGGAGACUCUGUGAGACACUGCGUUUCUGGAGCUCUUUGGACGAGUGACGCACCAGAGUGUUUGCCUGUGUCCUGCAGAAACCCAGGGCCUUUAGAAAAUGGCACUGUGCAUGGAGAAGGCUUUGAGUACCCAAAGUCUCUGCGUUAUGAGUGUCAUCCCGGUUUUCUGCUCAAAGGUUCCGCCACUAUGAACUGUCAGGCUGAUCAAAAUUGUGACCCUCCUCAAGACAUCAGCCAUGGCUUUGUGAAUGGCUCCAGUUUCAACUAUGAUGAUGUUGUGGAGUACGUCUGUUUUGAAGGGUAUGAAGUGGUUGGCAAUCCUACCUUACGCUGUUCUGUGCAUGGUGUGUGGUUGGGCAGCGUUCCCCAGUGUCAGCCAUGUCUCUGCCCUCCUCCUGUUCUAAAAUACGGAGUGGUUCUGGGACGUGAUCAUGCCUGUGGAGGUAGUGUGCACUAUCAGUGUGAUGAAGGCUAUAAGCUGCUGGGUCCCUCUCAGGCCUUGUGUGAGAAAGGAGGUGUGUGGAGCCCAGGGAUUCCUGUGUGUAGCCGUGGCAGGUGUAGUGUUGCCCCGCCAACAGUUCUUAAUGCCCUCCUUCAGGGGAGAAGUGGCUCCUAUCCAGAUACUGUCAUGUACAAGUGUCGCCCUGGUUACCAGAUGAAGGGCAGCAUACAGGUCUCGUGUGGGAGAGAUGGCCGAUGGGGUGAGCCCAGAAUGAGCUGUGAGCCAAUAAACUGUGGAAAACCUCCUCAUGUGGCACAUGCAUAUAUUACUGGAGACAAUUACACAUUUUUAAGCCAAGUCACCUACAGGUGUGAACAGGGAUAUGAGCCAGAGACACAAACGACCUCUAUCACCUGCACAAGUGAUGGGACAUGGUCGAAACGCAGCAUCUGGUGUCGCCCUUCUCCUUGCCCUCUCCCUACCAAUAUUCCUGUUCCCAAUUUAAUCAUUACUGGGAAAAAAUUCACUCCUGUAGGAGCCACCACUUCUUUGACCUGCUCCACUGGGUUCUACCUGCAAGGAUCCCCACAAACUGAGUGUCAGCUGGGUGGAAACUGGUCUCCAAGCAUAAAUUCUGUUUCAUGUGAACCUGUGGUGUGUCCCAAACCACCUCCAAUUCUCCAUGGCAUCACUGAGGGGGUCAGCUUCAACUAUGGAGACAAAGUCUUUUACACUUGUUUUCCUGGAUUCCACAUGAAGGGAAAUUCUAGCCAGACCUGCAGAGAAGACCGAACAUGGAGUGGCACCCAGCCUGUGUGUGUUGCUCAAAACUGUGGCCCUCCUCCCAUUGUGACAAAUGCAACUGUGCACACAACAGGGGACACUUACCUACACAAUGUUAGCUACCAGUGCAAUGCUGGAUUGUAUCUUACCGGCUCCAAAACUCUCACUUGCCUCGCUAAUGGCACUUGGAGCCUUCCUGUUCCUUCAUGUGAAGUCAUUAAGGGCUGCUACAGUCCCAGAUUGUUUCCUCACGGCAAAGUGCAAGAGCACAGUUUGAACACAGGGCGCGCAGUGGAGUUUCAGUGUGACAAAGGCUACCUUCUGAUCGGGGAAAGCCUGGUCGUGUGCAUGGGAGGCAACACAUGGAGUUCAAACUUUCCCACCUGUCAACCAAAGCUCUGUCAGGCUCCUCCAGGCUGGAGAGAGCCCGCCUCAAACAACGGCUCCAAGCAGGAGUUCCAUGUGGGGCAGCCAGUGCAGGUGACAUGUCCUAAAGGUCAACAGGUCAAAGGCAGCGGCACCAUCACAUGUCGAUCUGACCUGAGCUGGAGUCCCCUCAGCUCUGUGUGUGAAAGGGUGUCCUGUGGCCCCCCUCUCCAUGUGGCCAAUGGGGUAGUGCGGGGGGCAGUGUUCCAGUUCGGGGAUGUGGCAGUGUAUUCGUGCUUUGGGGGCUACAUCAUGGAGGGCAUAGGACGGAGCAGGUGUCUGGAGAACGGCUCCUGGACGCCCCCUCCCACAUGCAGAGCGGUGUGUUGGUUGCAGUGCCAAAAUGGAGGGUUCUGUCAGCGACCAAACACCUGCUAUUGUCCAGAGGGAUGGAUGGGACGACUUUGUGAGGAGCCCAUUUGCAUCCUGCCCUGCUUGAAUGGAGGCCGCUGUGUUGCUCCAUACCAGUGUGAGUGUUCUGUGGGAUGGACUGGCUCACGGUGUCACACUGCGUUGUGUUCAUCCCCAUGUUUGAACGGAGGCAGGUGCAUCAGACCCAACAGGUGCCACUGCAGCCCGGGAUGGAGUGGACACGAUUGCUCCAGGUAA